UACUUUAUUCAUGUUUACACGAUUAUCCUUGAUAUCACGAAUGCGGUCCUUUGCGGCCCGAGGAAGCUCUGCUGAAGGUCUCCGGGGGCGGCUUUUAGGGUCUUUUGGCGGACUUGGGAUUUCAAACUCGUAGGUUUUUAGUAACGGUGCUACAUCAUUGUUACUUCUGCUGUGUUUGGAGGAAUCAGUCUGCGUUUUGGAACUCCAAUUCAAUCAGAGCUGCGUCUUCAAUCUGGGGCGACUCAGAUUGCUGAGCAGCAUGUUAGGAAUGGGGGAACGGCGUUGGGUUUGUCGGAUUCUCUGAGUGCGCAGGGCACCUGCAUAAACGUGAUCACUUUGCAAUUUCUCCUGGAUGUAGAGAAGAUAAGGAGAUUCAGUUGUAUCACGGCGAAUUUCUGGCUUAUGUGGGUUAAAUUCACAUUGGUUUCGUGAGUUUGGGAUAGAUUUCGGGUGUUCUGUUGGGAAUUGGGGCGGCAUCUAGGAAUGGAAAAUCAAGGUCGCUCGGAGCGGUCCAAUGCUCACUUACAGAAGGAACCCUCUCCGAAGGUCCCCUUGCCAAAGUCUUUCCUCGAUUUCCUGGCACUGAACGGCCUCAGUCCUUCUGUUUAUGAUGAGAUUGAUAACCUUCCUCGAUAUAUAAGGCUUAAACCAGGUUCUGAGACUCUACUUGCAGAUGUGGAAGCUGAGCUUGGUUGUAAGCUUGAAAACGUCAACUGGCUCCCGGGUUUCUUUGCAAUUGCAUCACAAAUUCAAAUUGCUAGGUCUAAGGUCUAUUGUGAAGGAAAGAUAUACGGAAUUGAUGCUGCAUCUGGAGCUGCUGUCACGACAUUAAAUGUUUUGCCAGGGGAUCACAUUCUUGAUCUUUGUGCUGCUCCAGGUGCAAAAUUAUGCAUGCUUGCUGAACUUCUUGGCAGCUCAGGUUCGCUAACUGGAGUGGACAUUGCAAAAAGCCGUCUGGCUGCAUGCAGGACAAUGUUACAAAAAUAUGCAUUGGGAGGUCGUUGUAGGCUUUUUGUAGCAGAUGGAACAACGUUUUCCCUUUUGCCUUUGGGAACUUGCACAGAGAACCAACCAGUGAUGGAAUCAGAAAAUGGUGAUUGUAGAGGAAAGAAAGAUGUUUAUCAGGAAUGGUCAUCUAGAGUACCUUGGAGUGAAAGAAGAAAGUCUAAAGAUACUAAUAGAAUCCAAUUGAAUGUGACUUCCAAAGCCAAUACAUGUGAAUUGAUCUUCUAUGGAAAGCAUUCUGGAGUAAUUGGACUAAGAAAAGAGCAGCUGUUUCAAACUGGAAAAGAAGAGGCUAAUGAUGGUGGUUAUGACAAGGUCUUGGUUGAUGCUGAGUGCACACAUGAUGGGUCUGUUAAGCACAUCCUCAAGUUUGAAGAUUGGGGAUGGGACACUCUUCAAAGAAGACUGUUGAAUUCAGAAAGAAUUGGUUCAGUGACUCAACUCCAGUUACAGCUUCUUACUAAUGGUUUUAGAUUGCUUAAAGUCGGAGGGUCACUUGUGUAUAGCACAUGCAGUUGUCGACUGCUGCCUUUGAACAGCUUGACUGUUGCUCAAAAUGAAGAUGUGGUCGAGCAGUUUCUUUCAAACAAUCAUUCUGCUGAGCUGCAAGAUAUUCGUGCUGCAGAGGGUUGGCCUUGUAGGAGUGGAAGGAUUCCAAGGACGAUAAGAUUUGAUACCUGCACAUCCCGAACAAGUGGGCUAUUUAUUGCCAAGAUCGUGAAAUUGUUCUAAGACUAGGACAGUCCAUAAAUUAAUCCAUGAACGUAUUCGAAUCCUUUACUGUAAUUUCGUGUAAAUUUAAUUAAUCAGUAGUUCAGUCAUUUUCUUCUAUUACA